UGAUUUGGUAAAUCGACCGGGCUCCUCCAUCCAACGAAGGCGGCGCGAGAAUCCGGUUGAGAAUUAAUCUGUAUUGUAUGAUUUUUGUUUGUCUGGGAAUAAUUUUAUCGGCCAUCUCUCUGAAUCGAUCGUGGUUUCGAUAAGGGUUUCAAGAUUCAAUUGCCGAGAAUUCGAGCGAUGGUGAAUCCAUCACCGUCGAUCGACCAGAGCUCCUCUGCCACAACCAUUACGGAUCUCAAUAUCGAUUCUCUGGUCCACUGUGCUACCUACCUCAACCUCCGAGACGUCUCUAGCGUGGCCAUGUCCUGCAAAUACCUCAGAAGAGCCGCCUAUUCUGAUUCAAUCUGGAAACGCUUUUCCAGGGAGCAGUGGCCAGAACAAAUAUCUUCUAGCUUUUCACAAACAUCAAGCAUGAGGGAAGCUUACUUGGCUAGGCAUACUGCUUUGCAUAAGUUUAAGUUUUCUGAUCCCUUAGUUGCUGACUUCUAUACAGAACCAAAACCUUACAACCAUUUAUUCUUGAACACAAAUGAAAUCAUUUUCUCACAGAGUUCACUGGUACAUAUGAUGAGGAUUGAUAGCUUUUUGAGCGGAAAAGAUUUCCUUGUAACACUGAGUGAUCAUCAUGCUAGAAUUACUUGUGUGAGAUUGUUUCCCCUCUAUGAAACAUCUUUAUUUCGAAGUGAGACUCAAAGAAAUGAAAAUGUUUUGGUAACAUCAAGCUGUGACCAUUCUAUUCGUCUAUGGUGGAAGGGAAAUUGCCAAAGGUGUUUCAGAGGUCAUAAUGGCCCUGUUUCCACCCUUUCAGAUAAACUGUUGGGUGAUGGUAGUGGAAAAAUAUUUGCCAGUGGAGGUGUAGAUGCAACUGUUCGCCUUUGGUCUCUCAGCUCUAGUGGAAAGCGUGGCCAGCAUGCUUUGAAGGCUACACUAUAUGGGCACGAGAAACCUGUAGUACUUAUGUCAGUUGCUGGGCACAAAACCUCUCUUUUGGUGAGCAUAUCAAAAAAUUCUAAGGUAAGAGUUUGGGAUACAACUGCAUCAUCUGCUGUUCGUUCUUCUUGCUGUGUGGGGGUUACUUCUGUGCCUGGUGCACCUCUGGAUUUGAAAUGCCAUGAAUCAUUGGUCUAUGUCGCUGCCAGUUCGUCUGUUGUGGCAAUUGAUUUGAGGACGAUGCAGAAAGUUUUCACCACAGCAUUCCGUCAACAAGAAUUGCAUUCGUUUGAAAUUAUGCCCUCAAAAUCAUUAAUCUGCACAGGUGGAACUGACAGAGCAAUGCUUUGGGAUACUAGGAGAAGCAGUGAACCAGUGGCGGAGUUAGAUGGGCAUACAGGUGCAGUAACACACUUGCACAUGGAUCCGUAUAAAAUAGUUACUGGAGGCCCAGAGGAUUCUUACAUUAAUGUUUGGGAGACCGAUACUGGUUUGCAAACAAAUUCCUUGAUUUGCUCCUCUCCUGAUGUUUUGGGUUCUGGGCCUUCUGGCCCCAGUUGUUCCGCAAUGGCUGUGAAUGGGUGUCAAAUUGUUACUGCUGGUUGUAGCGAAGAACAGGGUCUUGUACGAUACAGGAACUUCACCAAUGCGACUUGUCAUGUUUCAUCAGAUGAGAGUGAGCUUGUUUCAAAGUUUUGGGGUCCACAAUCUUAUAGUGAUAGUGAUGAUUAGAUUUACUUUAUAGGAAAAUUAAGGUAGCAUUCGGUAGAAUUUUGUAAAUAUGAUUUAAUAAUAGAGUUGUAUUUUGAGUUUGUGAGUUUUGGAAUUAUGAUUUGAGUGUGGAAAAUUUGCUUGGUAAA